UUUAAUAUUUUCACUUUCUAGUGCAUCGAAUCUUCUCUAAUAUUUUCCCCAUUUUCCUUUUACUCUGUGUAGAGCAUUCGAUCUCGAGGUGAAUCCCUAAAUCUCCAAAUCGUUUUCGAUUUACAAUCGGUUUCUUCUUUCAACCCAUUUCAGAUUUCAGUGUUUUGUUUCUUCAAUCCAUGGGGACGGUGAAGAAGGAGUUCGCUGUUCCGCCAGUGGUUUUUCCCUCUGGCGGUAACCCCAAUCUUCAACAACGGCGGGGUGUGGCGACGGCGCCGUUUCAGCCUCCUCGGCAGACUGGCUCCAGCAUUCCGUUUAUGUCAUUUGACAUCGGAUCCGCCGCUGCUGCUUCCACAUCCUCCGGCAGUAUCUAUGGUGGUCCUAUUGGUGGUGGGUCUAUCCCUGGUGGUGCUAAUUUCGAAGACGAAGAACCCCUCCUCGAUGAACUCGGGAUCCACCCUGAUCAAAUCUGGAAGAAAACCAAGUCGAUCUUGAAUCCGUUCCGGGUCAAACCCGAUGUGCACAAGGACUCGGACUUGUCUGGACCGAUUCUCUUAUAUAUGUUCUUUGGCCUCUUCCAGUUGCUUGCCGGUAAGAUCCAAUUCGGCGUGAUACUGGGAUGGAUCGUGGUUUCUUCCAUCUUUCUGUAUGUUGUGUUCAAUAUGUUGGCCGGGCGGAAUGGUAAUUUGAAUCUUCACACGUGUACUAGCGUGGUUGGGUACUGUAUGUUGCCUGUCGUGGUUUUGUCGGCUGUGUCUUUGUUCCUGCCGCAAGCCGGUCUAGUGAGAUUCGCAGUUGCUGGAGUUUUUGUGUUGUGGGCGACGAGGAUCUGUACGAGUCUUAUGGUUUCUCUUGCUGAUGGUGGGGAUGAGCACCGUGGCUUGAUAGCGUAUGCUUGUUUUUUGAUUUUUACUCUGUUUUCGCUGUUAGUUAUAUUUUAGUUCUGAUAAUGCAACUUCAGCUUUGUGAUUAGCAUUGACAUUUUUUGUUUUUUACGAAAAGGGGAAAAAAAGAAAAGAGCACACUCUGUACUGAAUUUUUUGUUUACUAUAUUGAUUACUAGUUCAAGUUUGAUUGAUGGUGGAAUGGGAAACUUGUUGUAGUAAAUGAGAAAUCCAUUUGCUUUUAACUUUUUUA